AUGAAAUCAUUCUCUACCUCUCUUCUUUCCGGCGCAGCCAUUUUGUCGGCAGUGUCAGCCUUAGCUACUCCGCAAUUAUCUGUUGAAAAACGAGCUCCAAUUGAUGGCCUCCCUUCCGGUGGAGUAGUUUCCAACGGCGUGGCCUUUGGAUUUCUUCCUUCAGAUGGGUACCAAGUGAAAUCUCCAGCCUAUACAAUGGCACAACUAAACAGCAAGCUCGGCGGAAAAGCCAGUACUUAUGGAUGGUAUGCGCAGAUAACAUCUAGUACAUUUACUGGAUCUCAACUCCUUCAACGUCUAGAUGAUGUCGUUGCUUCUGGUGCUGUGUUCCAACCAGCGGUCAUGCCGACUAUUCCAUUUAGUCAGGUAACUAGUAGUGUGGCUAAUCAGGUUGCGAGUGUAUUGGAACAAUUCACUGCGAAGGGUGUAGAAGUUUGGUUGAGAUUUGGUCAUGAGAUGAAUUACUACGUUACGGAUGGUACAUAUCAUGGAACGGCGGCCGAGUUUGUCACUGCUUGGAAGAAUAUUCAUGCAGCUGUUUCCUCCAAUCCCAAGAUCAAAAUGUUCUGGUCUCCCAAUGUGGACACUUCAUCUGCUCCGGUCGCGCCAUACUGGCCAGGCCCGUCUUACGUCGAUGUAGUAGGCGUCGAUUGCUACCCCAGUUCAUCAUCACCACUCUCUUCCUCCGCAUUCUCAAACUGCUACGGCAAUUUCUACAAAACCUACUCCGCUGCUUAUAACAUUCCAUUUGCCAUUGGUGAAACAGGCUACGCUGGAUCUUCUGGAAAUGCUGCGUGGAUCAGCCAAUUGGUGAAUCAAGACAUGUGCUCAUAUCCAAACUACAUUGCAGCGUCAUGGUUCGAGUAUAACAAAGAAGAAAACUUCUUGAUUAUGGAAGGAAGUUCAUCAGUUUUGUCUUCUGCCCAACAGUUGCUCUUACACAAUACGAAAACGGGCUGCACUACCACUGGGAGCACACCAACUGCCAGCGCUACUACUACUAAGGCUCCCAGUCAAACCGGAGCUUGUACUUGGGGCUGCAAUGGAUGGGAUUGCAGCGCAAGCAGUCCGUGCAACGCUGACUAUACUUGCGUGAGUGGUUAUUGCCGUCAAACCGAAGCUUGUACUUGGGGUUGCGAAGGAUGGGAUUGCAGCGCAAGCAGUCCGUGCAACGCUGACUAUACUUGCGUGAGUGGUUAUUGCCAUUAA